CAUCCAAUCUAGCAGACAGAAAAAUGGCAGAUGUGAAGUCUCUGGAACAUCCAACCUUAAAAGUGCCAUAUGAAAUUCUAAACAAAAAAUUUCGGUCCGGCCAGAAAAACAUUGACAGAGAGGUGUCCCGGGUCCAGCAAGCUAGCAGUGAGGUAGAAGAAUGUCUGCAGGACCAGAAAUCUCCCUCUGUCCAGCAGGUUUCACUAGCUCUGGACAAUAUGGUGGAAAAGCUCUGCUUUCUUAAGCGGAAGGCAGAAGAAAGCAUAAAUGAAGAACUUGAGGCGGCUAAAGUAUUAAAACGGCGUGUGGAACAUCUAAAAGAGGCAGAGUGUUUGCAGCCCCAUACUAGACCCCUGUGGCAGAAAAAAAGGCUAGAUAGAAUGCUUGUGGACUAUUUCCUACGGUCAGGGUACUACAAUACUGCCCUCAAGUUAGCUCAGCACUCUGAUAUUCAGGAUUUGACAAACAUUGACCUGUUUUUGACUUCGCGAGAAGUAGAGGAGUCCCUUUUGAGGCGUGAGACUGCUCCAUGCUUAGCCUGGUGCUACGACAACAAGUCCAAACUACGUAAAAACAAGAGUUCCUUGGAGUUCAAGCUUCGCCAGCAAGAGUUUAUUGAACUGGUACGACAAGACAAGCGUCUCGAGGCAGUCAGGCAUGCCAGGCGAUAUUUCGUUAAUUUAGUGGAUGAUCAGUUAUAUGAAGUUCAAAGAGUAAUGGGACUUUUGGCGUACUCUGCUAAUACCACACUUCCUCCUUACAAAGAGCUAUACAAUGACAGCCGCUGGCAUGAACUGGUGGAACAAUUCCGCCAGGAGAACUUCAAGCUUCACCAACUAAACCAUUCAUCUGUGUUCACAAUCACCCUGCAGGCAGGCCUAUCAGCCCUGAAGACUCCACACUGCUACAGAGAAGAAGGAAACAAAAAUGCCGACUGCCCAGUGUGUACCUCCAAUUUAAACAAACUCGGACAACGCUUGCCAUAUGCACACUGCGCCAAUUCCAAACUGAUAUGCUCAAUAUCAGGCCUGCCUCUCAAUGAGAAUAACCCCCCUAUGGCACUGCCAAAUGGACAAGUUUAUGGAUAUAAUUCUCUCUCAGACAUAGCUCGAUUAAAUGAUGGAAGAGUUGUCUGCCCACGAACUAAAGAGAUAUUUCAUCUAGACGAUGCAGAAAAAGUUUUUGUGAUGUGAUAUAACAGACUACAUCUUUUUGGAAAAACACCAAUUUGUUCAAGUCAAAAAUUGUACUCAUUAGACCAGCAUUUUUUGAGUAUAACUCAACAUGGAAACUUUAGAAUAAGGACUUUUCCAUUUUUUUCCUCCUUUUAUUACAUGUAUAUAUCUAUUAAGACUUCCCAUUUCCAUUACCAACAUUUUGAACAAUAUUGCUGUUAGUUUAAUAUUGUAUGCUGUAAGUCAAGCCUUUCUUGCAACAAGUCAAAAUCUACAUGAAGAUUGAAACCUCGUUAAAAGUAAUUUAAAAGCCAUACUUUAUGUAUUGUACUAACUUGAAGUCAGCAAACUUAACUCUAAAAAGUAGAUUAAACAUGUUAGCGGUAGACUUCUGUGUUUAGCUAUAUAUUUGAACAAUUGUUCAGAAUAAUUCAGAGCAAUUGUUUAAGUUCUUAGGAACAUUGAUGCGUAAUAUGUGAUAUGAUCAGGAAUAUUUCAUUCUGUUACAAAAAAGGGCUCAAUGCUUAACAAAAGAAUAUCUGGCGAAAAAUUUGAAAAGUCUUUUUACACAGGACCUAUUCUUCUACAUUGCCCAGAUAUUUACUAUACUAGUAUGACUGGCUAUUGUUGCUCAGGUGAGCAAUGUGGCCCAUGGGUCUCUUGUUUUUAUUUAACCAAAAAAUCACUGAUGUGAUAAUUGACCUUUUGUAAGCAUUUGCAGUUGGCAUUUUGUGCUAAUUGUUUUUCACAAGAAAGUUAUUAAUUAACCUAAGUAAUUUGACCCUUUAGAAACUAUGCACAUUUUUCUGAAAGUGGUACAUUAGUUUAAACAAUAUUUUAUUUCAAAAUGAAAUAGGAUCAGACAGCAGGCGUGGCCUAUUUUUGUCCUCUCCCUCUCUCCUCACCUCUCUCAAAGUGGUACAUUAGAAAUGGCUCGAAGAUUAUGUCCCCAUGUAAAUACAUGUAACAGAUAAAAAAUUGAAAUGACUUUUAAUCUGGGGGGAGGGGGAUUUCUCUUUUAUCAGUUGUUUUUCAAGACAUUUUCUGUAAUUGGAUUUUAGGGUUGAAAUUUUAAAUAGCAAUGACAAUUUUGCACAAAUCUGUAAUGGUUACUAUAAUAGUUUUAUGUAAAUACCAUGAUCCACUCCCAUCCAAUAGCCAACAAUAUUGAAAUCAUCCAAUGUAAUUCACCUUUUUAAAAAUUGUUUAAAUCUUAUUUAAUUUAUAUAUGCUGAUUUUUACCAGUGAAUAUGAUAGUUUGUGUAAUUCACCUGAUUCCACAUGCAAAAUUUUAUUAAUUUUUUCCCCCAAUUUCUGAAAAAUUGAGUUGAUUGGUCUUGAAAAACAAUAAAUAAGAAGUGGCCUAUUAGGAAAAGAAAGAAAACUCUUAGUCCAAGAUUAAUAUCAGAGAAAGAUUUUCUUAAAGACAUUUUUACUUUGAAGUUUACAGAAUAAUGGGAUAUUUUUGAAAAACCAG